AUGCUUCCGCACGAGGAUGAAGAUUCUGAAUUUGAUGUUGUUGAUUGUGUCCGCCGAAUGGAAAUGGAGCUACCGGUGAACUGGACUGGAAAUGCCGUGCUAUAUAGCGAUAUUAGAAGCGGAAAUUCGAGGAAGAAGCAGGGUAAGGAUUGCUUUACUAUUUUUCUCACUAUUUUUCAAGUUUUUAUUCCUUUAAUAUUAUUUUUAGUAAUUGCUUCCGUGUUAGAAGACUACCGCAAAGCAAUCGAACCAAAUUUACCCUCUCAUCCGAUCAGUACAUUGCUCAGCACCAACUAUUAUUGCUGCCACCGCUACUGUUCUUCGUUCUACACAAUUCUGGAUGUUAUCAAUGAACGUAACACAAUGCCGCUCAACAUAGAAGACCGCAAAACGUACAUUACUCACAAAAUAGCGUUUGAAAACAGCCGCCAUGUUUUGAAGAUAGCUAACGAAACAGUAUGCCGAGUGUUUUACAGCGAUGUAUAUUGUCUACCAAAGUCAUUGUAAGUUUAUAUUGUUGGUUUAGUGAUGUUUUUAGUGUUUACCAAAGCCAGAAAGCAAUCAAGAAUGGAGGAACUGUACCAAAUGUAGACCUAAGAACGGUGUCGAAAGCGAAACUUCACACCAUAACCGCCAGAAGAGUCGAAGCCAUUACAAAGUUCAUUAAACUUCGACUUGAACCAUCACCGAUGUGUGGCAAAUACAUGGUUCCUCCGCAGUUUUCCCGAAGAACAUUUGUCAUGGACACAUUAAAAGACGCCAAUGAUUCUACAUUAAUGCCGCUGUCUGGAAAUGCUUUGGGAGAUGCUGUUGUAGAUUACGCACUUGACUUGGUAGAGAAGCAUAAUUUUCCGCUUUCGUUCAAAAAAACAUCUUUACUACCGCGGUGUAACAUUUGUUGCGAACUGACUAAAGUAAGUAUAACUUUUUAUAAAGUUUAUUUUGCUUUUAGAAGGUCAAAGAAAUCCGUUUUAUUGAUGGUACUCCGUAUAAUGGCCGCCAACUUCUUGAAGCACAUUAUCAAAACACGAGUAAUGACCGCAAUGUAAUAGACGCUUUUAUGAACCAAUCUAUCAGUUUUCCUCACGAACUUUUACUUUUGAAGUAUGACGGUAUGUCUGGACACAAAACAUCGCUACCGUUCUUAGGAGACAGAAUACCGAAGGCAUUGAGUAAUUGUAACAAAAUUGUACCAUUUCAACUAAACGCCUGCAUUGUUGCAAGACAUAGUAAGUGUUUUGUUUGGUGAUUUACAAUUACUUUCAUUUUUUAGGGCAUCUAAGUCAAUCAUUCCGCGGAUAUGUCAUUGGAUUCUUUCAUCCCGCUUCCGCUUGCAGUAGCUCUGUUUAUUCUAAUAUUUUGUCCGUCUUAUCAGAACUCGAUGUACUUCCGCCAGUUAUUGUUAUCAACACAGACAACGCUCGUAGCAACAAGUCUAAAUCAACAAUACAUUUUGCUCGGCUUUUGCUGAAAUUCUGUCCGAAAAUAUCCAAGAUCAUAUUCGCGUUUCAUGAAGCAGGCCACACUCAUAAUAAUGUAAGUCUAAAUUUUAACUUUAAGUUUGUAUUUUUGUUUGGUUUUUAUUAUAACAACUAUUUUAUUAUAACUUAACCAUUGUUAUUUAGGUAGACGCUUUCUUUGGCUGUCUAGCGGAAAAGAUGAUUGGCCACCGCUUAGAAACCCCUUCAGAAAUGACUGAAUUUGUCCGCAACGUUCAAGGAGUCAAAAGUAUCUAUGAUUCUUAUUGUUUAUGGGAUUUGUACAUUGCUCCGGAAACCGCAUUACUUGAUGGAGUUUAUAACUAUCACUAUUUUGAGAUCUACCAAGCUGAAGAUGGAAUCCGCGCUAAAUUCAAGCAAUUUAUUCGGUGCAAUGACUACUUGAAGUUGAACAAAAUAAGACCAUUGUAUCCUGAAGACACCGACCAAUUUAGCCGCUUAAUCUUAAAGGUAAGUUCAUAAUAAGAUACAAUUGUAAAAUUUAGAAAGAUGAGGAAAUUGGAGAAGUUGGCUGUGAAACAUACGUCAUGAAUAAGUAA